AUGGGUGUACGCGGUCUUCUGCCAGCGCUCAAGAGCGUCACCGAUCAGGUGCACGUGUCCAAGUACGCCGGAAAGACAGUGGGUGUCGAUGCCAGUGGAUGGCUCUACAAGGGCGCGUAUAGCUGUCCCGUGGACCUUGUGUUUGGACGACCGACCGACGCGUACUUAAACUAUGCCAUGCAGCAGCUCCACCAGCUACGAGCACACGACAUUACGCCCAUUUUAGUAUUCGAUGGAGCUCCUCUACCUGCGAAGGCACAGGAACACGCUGCUCGAAGCAGGUCCCGCGCGGAAUGGAGGCAGAAGGCUGAAAAACUACUUGAGGAACAGAACAAGCACCCAGAAAGCAGUCGUGCUCUUUUCACGGCAUGUGCGAGAGCUGUUGCCGUGACGAACGAGAUGGUCAGGACCCUGAUGACAGUACUCCAAAACAUGGACGUCAGGUUUUACGUUGCGCCCUAUGAGGCUGACGCUCAGCUGGCUUUUCUAUCGAAGCACAAGAUUGUCGACUUGGUGAUCUCGGACGACUCGGACUGCGUGCCAUACGGCGUCAAGACAGUGCUGUUCAAGUUGGGUGCUACUGGAUGGGGCAGUGAACUCAGGCGAAGGAGCUUGAUUGCGAACGAAGACUUGUCGUUCAAUGGAUGGACGGAAGAGAUGUUUAUUCAGCUAUGCGUGCUUGCUGGAUGCGACUACUGUCCGUCCAUUCACGGCAUCGGUAUUGUCACAGCCUACAAGCUUGUGAGUCAGUGCAAGACACCAGCGGAGGUGCUGAAGGCGCUGCAGCAGAAAGCCGAGAGACUAGUGCCUGACGACUUUGCCGAGCAAUUUUACUCGGCGAUUCUCACCUAUCGUCAUCAACUGGUCUUCGACCCGCGCGAUGCAAAGCUCAAAAUGCUCAACCCUCUUGACGUGUCAAUGGAUAUUCUCCCGAAAGUAGACACGGGCCUUCAUUUCCUCGGCAAUGUCGAGCUUCGAAAUGAUGUCGUUGCGAGCAUUGCAUCGGGACAAAUUCAUCCAGUCACGCACGAAAGUUAUGCGUGGAAGAAUACCGCCGCCGCCGACUUAUGUGAAGAUGAGGCAAUCGGAAGCCUCAAACAAAGGUCGACGCGGUCAUUGACCUCUUCCGAAAGCAGUGGCAUAAUUGCGUCUCGCCGACCGCAAAGGAUCACAGCAUUCGUCGCUGCUGGCAGCACGUACGCGCCAAGUGGCUCAUCACAGGACGAACCCAUCGCCACCACAAACAAGACGAAGACGUCAAGUGUCCGAUAUGAGAAGCCACGUCCGUCGUCACAGUCGUCGUGGACGCACCUUGACAGCGUCUUGGGAUCGUCCGACCACAUUGUAAACUUCCGCAGUCCGAAAGUGAGCGAGAACUUCACGCCACUCGCUGCGUUGCACAACCCUCUCGUAUCGACACACACUCCCAGCAUGCUCAUGCAGCAUCUCAAGGAGUUCGAACGACGCCCAGCGCGUGGUCGCGCAAAGCGCGUUCGGAACCCGACGAACCGAAGACGAGAUGGAAAAGGCAGUGGUUUCGAAGGCGAAGUGCUGUGCAGAGUCGACCAAGGGCACAUUCUCACGAAUGGAAACGGCCAUGACGUCCGACACAACAUCGCAGACGCUACGUGUCGCCCAGCUGAGCUGACAGCUGCAGAGGAAGUUGCGCCACAGAACGCCAAACGACCCAAAGUGUUUGACCGCCCACCAUCAGCGCCUGUGUCGCACUCAUCGCCGGCUUCAAAUUGCAGCAGUCGAAAGCAGCUCAUCCGUCCCACACCAUUCAUCUGCGACACCCGACCGUCAGCUACCCUCGGCGACGACGUCGCCUUCAACUGGACGUUGCCACCCCGCCACGCGCAGCAGCCGCGUAGUCUCUCGUCCGCGACUGCAACGUCGGCAUCCAACCACGCAUUCGCCACGUCGGCCGAGGAGAAAUGGGACCGUAUCCUGGGCGACGACAUCGACGACGGUACCAAUAGCAGCGGCAGCCAAAUAGACGACUAA